UUGUUAACCUCCCCAAAAGGUUCCCCCUGUAACAAACCUGUUUUUAUUUCUUUCAUAAUUUAAGAAGUGAGUUGUUAAGUUUGUUUUUAAUUUUGUGCACAAUGGGAUGCUUCAAAAACAGAAUUGUUAUUCUAGUGUAUUGUUGUAAAGAUUCAAAUGUUUACCUAUCCUUUUUAGAUAAUCAUACCUAAACAAGUUGAAUGCCACUAGCUGAUUUUCCAGAGAACUCUGCUGCUCUGGUUUAAACACGCACAUAAGUAGCAAACUUGUUACUCAAGCUCACACAAGUAAUAACUGACUUCCAGGAAAGCAGGAUUUUUACAGGAAAAUUAAAAUGAAAGUACAGUUGGGUUCACUUUAAAGGCGUGGUGCAGGAAAGAGGAGGAAGAUUAGAGUGAGUCACACCAGAACCGAACAUUCCACUGUGCAACUUCCAAACUUCAGCUUCUGCUACCAGACUGCUGACAAAAAAAAAAAACAGUGGUGUGCACACAACCCCAUACAGAGCGCUGCCUACCCACACAUGCAGAGUAAUAUUGAAUUCAUACCCAAAAGCUUUUGCCAUGGGGUUGGGUGAAAAUACCUCAAUGGACUAUUAUGAGGACAAUGGUGAAUCAAACUUCACCUUUGACUACACUCAGUUUGAAAUGCUUUGUGAAAAAGAGGAGGUGAGAAAUUUUACUAAAUUGUUCCUACCUGUGUUUUAUUCACUGGCUUUCAUUGUGGGAAUUGCAGGAAAUUCAUUAGUGGUGGCAAUCUAUGCCUACUGCAAGAAACCAAAGACUAAGACAGAUGUUUAUAUCAUCAACUUGGCAAUUGCUGAUCUGUUACUGCUAUUCACCCUCCCUUUCUGGGCUGCAAAUGCAGUCCAUGGAUGGAUGCUUGGAAACAUCAUGUGCAAGGUCACUUCUGCUUUAUACACCAUGAACUUCAGCUCUAGCAUGCAGUUUUUGGCUUGUAUCAGUGUGGAUAGAUAUAAUGCCAUUUCCAAACCCCAAAGUCACCAAAGAGGUGGAAAGCAAUGCAGCGUAACUUGUAUCUGUGUCUGGCUGGCUGCCAUUUUGUUGAGCAUUCCUGAACUGAUUUUUAACACAGUCAAGAAAAACGGUGACCGGUAUGGAUGCUUUCCUGUAUUUCCAAUGGACCUAGGAACACUCCUUAAAGCAACCAUUCAAAUCCUGGAAGUUACGCUAGUAUUUGUGUUACCCUUCCUCGUCAUGCUGACCUGCUACUCAGCUAUUGCCAGAGCACUCGUUAGGUCUCCAAACGUUCAAAAAUCUAGGCCCCUCAAAGUUCUGCUUACAGUAGUGGCUGUUUUCAUUGUCACUCAGCUGCCUUACAAUAUAGUCAAGUUCUGGCGAGCCAUAGACGUCAUCUACUUGCUGAUUACAGACUGUGACAUGAGUAAAACCAUAGAUGUUGCCCUCCAAAUAACUAAAAGUAUAGCCUUGUUUCACAGCUGCCUGAACCCAAUCUUGUACGUCUUUAUGGGAGACUCUUUUAAAAUGUACAUUAUGAAAAUAGCCAAAAAUUUGGGAUAUUGGAGGAGAAGUCGCAAUUUACCAACUGAAGAGAUUUCUAUGAAUUGUGCCAGCCACACAGAAGAAACAAGUAGCUUUACUAUAUAGCAGCUGUAGCACCGUCUCUAACCAGUGUAACAGAAGGGAACAAUUAUAAUGCAUCUGAGAGCUAUUUCCUCUUUGAUUAAACUUAAACAUCCACGUUACUCUGCAAGUCAAAUCUGAAGUGAUGUUCUGACACAUGAACCAGCCAAGAUGUUGCAAAGCAAUUCAAAAUAGAAUAGACCAAAAACCAUAUAGCAAAGGUAAUGGAAACAACAGAAACAGAGUUCAGCUUGAAUGCUUGAAAAAAGUGGGAUUUAAAGGGUCACAGUGCUAGCCCAUUACUUAGAUGAGGAGUGAAUGGACUACAUACCGGUAUGCUAAUCACAACAAAUAUAUACUUAAUAUGUAAAAAAGAAAAAAAAGGAAAAAAACAAACAUGAUGGCACUGAAUGUUGUACCCCACAGUUAAUGAUCUUCAGUCUUUUAAAAUGUAACCUUCCAGAGUUGCUUCUCAAAACUGUUUCAGGUCUUCUUAUUGAGUUUAAAUAUUUGUGUGAAAUUGCAACUCUGUUUUUCCUCAGCUGUCACUUCACAAAUGGCCUGUGAGGCUUGAGCUGAGGAAAUAGUUCAUCUCUGGUAUUUCACAGAGGCAGCAGCAAACAGCAAACUAUGGUCCAGUGUCUUAUGAUUCCAAAUAUGUGUGGCAUAUUUAAAAGAGUUCCUUUUCUGUAACAAUACAGAAUGCCUUUUAAUUAUAUUCUGCUUGCACUAGAUUGCAAUGAAUCCUAUUUCCUAUUAUAUGCACAUGCCAAAUCUUUGGUUUUAAAUCCAUAUUCAUGUGAGAUUACUCAGAGCCUCAUUUGGUCAUUUCCUGGAAGGCAAUUCACAUUUCCAGUGACCUCUAUAAAAUGCUUUGGGAACUGAUGCAACAAUCAGCAAUGGAAAUGUCUUACAUUUUGCAGAUGACACUUAUGAUCUAAUUUUGAACAUGUAGCCCUAUAAAGUUAUAGAAAAUUAGUUUUGAUUUGUAAAUGCAUUGUUUGCCUUUAUGGAUAUUUUGCAGGUGCACUUCAGGCACCAAUCUCUGUAGCUUUAGCACACUGAGUAUAAAUAAUUGGCUGAAGCAAGAGAGCAUAUUUAUACUCAAUAGUUAAUGAGUGGACACAGUCAUGGUCCUUAAGGAAGGAAUUAGUGAGAUUAAAAGUAAUGGCCUGUGAUAGCUAGAAGAUAGACAAUUUUUUUAAAUUGUUCAUAUAAUUGUUACAUUUAAGAGUUUAAAGAAUACUCAGUUUCCUUCUACUCUCUGCAAUCUGUUUACAUGAGUUUCACUGCGAGGAUGGUAACAAAGGUGGAUCUAAUCGGCUACACACCCCACAUUACAAUAGUCUCAAGACAUUCAUAUGUAUUUGAUGCAGAAAAUAAGGUAAUGAAUGCAGGCCCACUGAAUUAAGGAAGGUGGCUAAUCAGUCAGCAAAUCCUGUGACUUCAUCCCUGUGAGAACAGGGCAAGGUAGGUGGUCAUUUGGUUACAACAUAAGCUCCCUGCCCUAGGAAGAAGGGAAAACACAAAAAAUGAGGAAGCUAGAGCAGGAAACAGACUGGGCUCACGAGAGGAGGAAGAUGGAUACACCUCUACCUCGAUAUAACCCUGUCCUCAGGAGCCAAAAAAUCUUACCGCAUUUUCAGUGAAACUGCGUUAUAUCUAACUUCCUUUGAUCAACUGGAGUGCGCAGCCCCGCCCUCCUGGAGCACUGCUUUACUGCGUUAUGUCCGAAUUCAUGUUAUAUCGGGUCACGUUGUAUCAGGGUCGAGGUGUAUGUACAUAGGCGAAAGAUGAAAGGCCGGCUUUGUGGCCCUCGGUGUAGGGAAACUAAACCAUUAUUCAACAGAUCAUUGCCUGUGCUGCUGCAAGACAGUUUUACCAGUCAGUUUACUGGUGAUAUGCUAAAACGGAGGUGUUGGUAUUAUGAAACUAAUCAGUGUUAUGCCCAGUAUCUAAUUUUAGGAGUUUUUUAAAAAUAUAUAAAUAAAACAACCUUCAUUUAUACUGAUAAAGCCUCACUCUAGUGAAACUAACAGGCAUUGAUAUAGCUAUUGUUCUUCAUCUGUAAUAUGCAUGUAUUGUGGGCUAGACUCUCGACUGGCGUAUAUUGGCAUACCUCCAUGAUUUACAGAGGAUCUGGCCCUGUGUAUUUUAAAAGCAGUGUAAUCGAUAUAUUAACAAGAAUUUAAGUCUAUAACGAAGAAAGCGCUCUAAGGCAACCUCCACACAAGGGGCCUGGCAUUUCCUCGUGAAGUAGAUGCUGUGGUAAUUACUACCUAUAAAUAAAUAAAUAAAGGUGAUACUGUAAAAUGGUGGCCCUGAUGUAUUCACUUCUGGUUUUAAUUAUAUCCUUGCUUUUAUUAGAUUUAUUAUAUAUGGAGAAGUAAAAAUCUCUGCCACACUUUUUGUAUUUGUGAUCAGUUGAAAAAUUAAACUGUUUCAAGCAACUUGCAUUUCAAAAGGUGUUCCAAAAACAAACACUUCAAGUAAUCACUGGACUCCAAUAUAGAGCCUCAUUUAAAGCCCACUGAAGUGAAUGGAAGUCUUUCCAUUGAUUACAAUAGGCUUUGGAUAGGCCUCAAAUGCACUCUAUUUUGACCUGAAGAAGAGCUCUAUGAAAGCUUGUCUGUCUCUCUCACCAAGAGAAGUUGGUCCAGUUAAAGAUAUUACCUCCCCCACCUGGUCUCUCUAUUUUGAGACGUGAGAGUUACAUGUUCAGACUAACAAUAGGUAUACAAGAAAUCAUCAGGCAUGCUUUGUAGGUUUAAACUUAUGGACUGUAAAAACCUGUGUAAGAUUACAGAGAAGACAAGAGACAAUCUUCUUCUUUAUGUUGAGAUAACAGCAGCUAUCAAUC